CAUGAAUGGGUAGUAAAGUAAAGAGUGGUGGAAACAAUGAACCGGUGGCGUGUACUUACAAGUUAAUCGAAGCUGUUGCUCCGCACCUUCAUUUCAUUGUCUUCUUCCUUUAUCUCUUUUCCAAAUCCAUCAACACUUUACUCGCUCAUCUCUAAACUCCAAACAUAUUAAUUAACAAAUAACCUUACAAUUCUACCUUCCAUGGCCGCCUCUCUGCUCUUCCUUUAAUUCGAAUUUCACUCCACUCUCUCCCCUUCUAAUUGUUCUUCCCAAAGUCUCAAUCUUUUCAAUACCCACAUGGGAUUGGGUCUAAAAUUUGAUAAACAAGCAGCUCCCAAUGGAAGAAUUUCAACAAUCAGCAUCACACCUAUCAACUUCAAUCCAACAAUCUUUCCAUACCCGCUACUCUAUUUCAGUCCAGGAUGCUCUUAACGCCUUACCCCACUCUUUCACCAUCACCGAUCCUCACAUUUCGGGCCACCCAAUUAUCUUCGCCAGUCGCGGCUUCUCCAAAAUGUCUGGCUACUCGAAUGACGAAAUUAUCGGCAGAAACGGCCGCGUUUUUCAAGGUCCUAAGACUAACAGAAGCUCAGUCAUGGAAAUUCGUGAAGCAAUUCGUGAAGAGAGAGCUUUGCAGAUUACUUUAUUGAAUUACCGUAAAGACGGCACGCCGUUUUGGCUGCUCUUUCAUUUGACGCCUGUUUUUGAUCACAAGGAUGGCAGAGUUGUUUAUUUUUUAGCCGUUCAGGUACCCAUUAUCAAGAGGGGUCACGGGUCGGGUUUGUCCGAUGAUGAACCUGGGUUGAUGAGAGAGAUUGUGUUCGGUUCUUGUCGGAGAGAAGUUUGUUCUGAUUCUCCCAUUGAGCUGGGUCGGGUUUUGUCACUGGAUUCUGAUACUAGAGGAUUAAAUAUUGAGGAGACAUGUGAAGCUAGUGAAGCAGAGAAGAGAAAAGCAGCAACUGCAAUUAACAAUGUAUUGUCUGUGUUGACAACUUAUAGUGAGUGUAGUGGCAAAAGAUGCAGUUUACUUGGAGCAGGGAUUAUCAGUUCAUCUUUGAAUAUAUCUCUUGGUAGAAUCAAACAAAGCUUUGUAUUGACGGAUACACAUUUUCCGGAUAUGCCUAUAGUUUAUGCUAGUGACGCCUUCUUGAAAUUGACGGGUUAUGCUAGGCAUGAAGUGUUGUGGCGCAAUUGUAGAUUUUUAAGUGGCGCUGAUACUGAUACCUCAGCUAUUGAGCAGAUAAAGAUAUGUAUAAAAGCCGAACAAGCAUGCACAGUACGUAUCUUAAAUUACAGGAAAAAUAAGACUACAUUUUGGAAUCUUCUUCACAUAUCACCCAUUCGUAAUGCUACUGGCAAGAUAGCAUACAUGGUGGGUGUGCAGCUAGAAGAAGGAUGUAAGAGGCAGCAAGAAAGUUGCGGAUUGAGCCCCGAGAUGAAGCAGCUUAGUUGCGUCGGUGCAGUGAGGGUAGCUGUAAGGAGUUCAUCAAUUGGUGCUGGAUCCUCUAAAUCAUAGGAAUUCAUGUAAAUGCUGAAACAGGAGAGAAUUUUUUUUGAUAGUCUUGUGAUUGUUUUGUUCCCAUACAAAAACAUUUUAAAGAUAGGUAACACAAUUCGCUGUAUGUAUGUAUAUGUAUCCAAAUUCUGUAUAGUUAAACUUGAACUUAUCAGUGCAACAAAGCCAUCUUUUAUUA